CCCAACUGGAGGGUUUUCGCACAGCCUCGGAUAUGAAGCUGCAGUGCAACACUGCACAUCCACAGGAGUGAAAAACCACAAUGGAACACCAAAUGAAUUCACAAAAUUUGUAUUCAGUUGCCUGGAAAAUGCAGGUUCACUGCAAUUACCAUACCUACGAUGUGCCUACCUGAGUGAAAGCAUAAUCGAUGUGGAGCAGUUAGAUGUGAGCCUUCACGCCAGGCUUACGAACCACGUGGCAAACCGGGCCAGCAUGAGACAGGGUCGAGCGUUUGUGAAUGUGGCAAGCGAGAUCGUAUCACUGCCCUCGCUGCAGCAGUUAUGCGUGUUGAUAGAAGAGGAUUCACUCGUCGGGCACUACUCCGUGAUGUUUGGAUAUGUGUGCCGCCAUCUAUGCCUGACAAUGCAGGACACUGUCGACAUAUUUAUGUAUGGCGUACUGAGAACCAUCGUUGCAAGUGCAGUGAGACUUGGGAAGUUGGGAUCGUUGGAGGCACAGAAACUUCAGUACGAAAUUCAACAAGUUAUUCCUAAUAUAGUGGAAAGGUACAGAAGUUGCAGCGUAGAGGAUGCAUGUGUUCGCUUCCCCGUCCCCGAAUAUGUGCAGAGUACGCACGAUACAAUGUUUGCUCGUCUCUUCCACUCCUGAUGUUUGAUUCACGUAUAUAUGUGCGGCACAUCAAUGUAUCUGUAUACAAUGUCACCUAUAUAUGUAAGUGUACGUUAUAGACUGUUCUGUAGAAAUGACUGUGAACAUGGGUUUGACUGUAUAUAUACAUCAGUGUCACCCAGUUAGAGUAAGAAGUUCUUUACUUUUCUAAUAAAUGACAUUUUUGCAUCAGAAUAUAGCUGAUUAUGUUGAGUAAUUACAGUAAUGUAUUAAACUAUGUAAAGACAUCUAACAUAUGAAUUCCGAAAGAAUGUGUUACACCUCAGUCAUGCAUGUCGUUACAUGUAUACAUUGUUACAAUAGUUAUAUUGUUAUAAUAGAUAUCUACACGUUAUUCUGUAUGGAUUUGCUAUUGUGGAUACUUGUAAAGAAGUGGCAUUUUAAGACAUAACUUUGUUUUUAUAAAUAACAAUUAAUAAUCUAAUAAUCUAACACGAAAUCAUUAUUUAUCUAUUUCAUUAACCAUGUUUUAUUUUUCCAAAAUAAUAAUUUCAGAUACAGUAUUAGUAAGAUGAACACACAACCGUGAAAACGUGCUAUAACAUUCAACCACGUAUCUAUGAUUGUCUAUUGGGAAUACACAGAUUCCGAGUGUUCAUAUACAACGUAUAGUUUGUAAGGUCCAACACCGCACCAUCAUAUUUAAUAUAGACAUCACCGGUUUCAUUUCUUACUAGAAUCGCGCAGUAAUAGUUUGAUUCCUGCCCUCACAACUAACAUGUAAAUAUCAGAUUAGCCACCCAUUAUAGGUGGUAUUGUAUGUAUUUAUGUAUAUAAAAUAGUUAUAAAUCAGCAAUAAUGGUGCAGAUAUGUGUAUAUGUUUAAUAUAAACUUAUAGGUUAAAAAACA